AUGGCCGACAUCAACGAAAAAGGGCCGCAGUCUUUGGACGCGACUAAGGUCUUUGAUGACUCCAAUGGGCACGUAAGCUCCGGAGAUUCCGUACCAGACACUUCGAAGGAAACCGUUCUGGUUGAAGACGAACGAAACAAGUACCGGUCAAUCCAUGGCGUCAAAUGGUUUUUGGCCGUCCUGGCUAUUUUCUCGUCUGUUUUCCUUUUCGGGUUGGACACGACUGCAGUUGCGGAUAUUUCCCCUGCGAUGAUCAGUCGGCUUGGACAGGCUGAUUUGCUCCCCUGGUUGAGCUCGGGCUAUGCAUUGGGAGCCAUGAACAUUCUUCCUUGGGGCAAGUCAUUCGGUGUCUUCAAUCUGAAAUGGACCUAUAUCCUCACUGUUGCCUUGUUUGAGGUGGGAAGUGCCAUCUGUGGUGCGGCGCCGAAUAUGACGGCCUUGAUCAUUGGACGAGUGAUUGCUGGAGUUGGAGGAUCGGGCAUGUAUCUCGGUUGCAUCACAUAUCUCGCUGUGACGACUAGCCCUCGGGAAGGGCCGCAUUACAUCGGGCUAGUGGGAUUCGUCUGGGGUAUUGGGACAGUCCUGGGACCAAUCGUCGGCGGUGCCUUUGCGGAUAGCUCAGCGGGCUGGUGCUGGACCUUUUAUAUUAACCUCUUGAUCGCCGCCCUGUUUGCCCCCGUUUACUUCUUCUUGCUCCCUAGUAUCGAUGCGCAGCCAACGGCGACUUUGAUCCAGAAGCAUAAGCAAGUGGACUGGGUGUCCAUUGUUUUUCUGAAUGGAUUCAUCGCAUGUUUCGUCAUGGCCAUCAACUUCGGAGGAGCCGUGUAUGCGUGGAAUUCCGCUCGAGAAAUUGUUCUCUGGGUCAUGACGGAGGUCAUCUUCGUCGGGUUUCUCCUUGUGCAGUAUUUCCAUCCGCUUGUAACGAAAGAACAGGUUCUCUUCCCCGGUCAUUUGCUGAAGCGCCCCCUCAUGCUCAAUUUGACCGUUCAAAUGUUUUUGUCAUCAGGCGUGCUCCAGGGUGCUAUUUGCUACAUUCCCUUGUUCUUUGAAUUCGCAAAGUCGGAUGCAGCCCUCGAAGCCGCCGUGCGACUUCUACCUUACGUUUUCAUGCUUGUCGCUGGCUGCUUGAUCAACGCUGCGCUUAUGGUCCAAUUUGGAUACUAUAUGCCCUGGUACUUCGGCGGAGGUGCGCUCGUAGUAAUCAGCUCCGCAUUGAUGUGUACUGUCAAUGCACAUACCUCCAACUCCACCGUCUACGGAUACACUGUGCUCAUGGGAAUUGGUGUCGGCUCCUAUUGCCAGGCAAGUUACACUGUAUCUCAGCAGCUGGUACCAAUGACCGAGCUGACCAAUGUCAUUGGCUUGAUGAGUAUCUCCCAGUUCCUCGGCAUCCUAUUCUUCUUGGCUAUUAUGGGCACCUCCUACCAAAACCUUGUCAUCGAGAAGAUUCACAGCAUUCUGCCGAAUGCUAGUGUUGUCGAUGUCCGUCAAUUUAUCGCUGGAACCAGCUCCUCCCUCAGCGCUACCUUGACAAGCGCCCAAUCAGCCGCGGUGGUAAAUGCAAUUGUAACUGCCAUGCGAUCGGUGUGGAUCUUGCUCGCUGUUGCAGGCGGCAUUUGUGUCAUUUUGUCUCUCUUCCUCGGGAAAGACAAGCUUUUCACUAAGGACGGCGCCAAGGGAACCGCAAUCGCAGCAUAA